AACAAUUUUCGCGAAAUAUUUUCCAGAUGACAAAUUGUUGUAAAAUGUGAAAAUAAGUGUCAUUAAAUAAUCUGCGUGCCAUAAAUGCGAACAAUUAAAAUUCCAUUCAUAAAAAGCAAACAAAAAUAUACAUUUAAUAUUCUACUUGGCGGAAAGAAGGAAACUCUUCGAGCGCAAGUGUCGGCAAGUGUCAAACCAUAAAACGCAAUAAGUAAUUGCCACACACAACAAAGGGAAAAUGUUUUUAAAAAAUGAAUAGAUAUAGAUAUAUGCUAAGAUAAAUGCGAGUAUAUAGAUCAAACGACAAAGGGAAUUCAACAAAAAGAGCGUGUGAAAAAAGUGAGACAAAGGCAAGAGAGUGAGAAGUGGGGAGAAUUUCUCAAUUCGUGGUUAAGAGGCCGAAAGUUAUACUCGAAAUGGCGAUGCCUCCCCAAGGAGGCGGCGGAGGCGUGCCACUGAUCCUCAAGUUUAUGGCGACUCUCUUGCUGCUUGUAACCCUCGUCCGGGCCGGCAGUGAUCCCAAAGGAGCAUCGACAGUGAUCACUACCACAGCUCCGCAGAUGGGAAAUCGGUAUCCCCACCAGCAGCAACGUCUGCAACUAUUGCAGGAGGCCCAGCAGCUGGAGGCGGCACAUCAGCACCAUCACCAUUUGAGGCACGAGCAGCAUCUGCGUGCGGAGCUCGAGGGCAAUCAUAAGCCACCAUCUGUGGGUGUCGGACCUGGAGCGGCAACGGCCAUGAAGCUGUUCGACCAGCAAUUGCCGCCGGCGGCCACGGGACAGCAGCAGCACCAUUUGCGUCAUCACAAUCGCCACCAUGUGACCUGGGAGCAGAGAGUCUUCCCCUCGCUGCGUCACCAGCAGCAUCGUCUGGCCAUGAGCUCCACUGCAAGACCCAUCGUCACCACCGACGCCCCGCAUCCAACCCAUUCAAUGAUGAGCAAUCACAGUCGCUACUUCGAUCGCGAUGGCAUAUAUCCGCCAUGGGCUGAACCCAGGUCCACGCGAGGACCCAACUGGCGGCAGCAGGUGGAGGUGGACUCCUCAUCCAAAGACGAUGAUGAUGAUGAUGAUGACGCUGACGACGACGAUGAUGAGGACUAUGAGUACGAGGAGGAUUCCAGUUCCAAUGCCGUGGACGAAGAGUUGGCCCGUCAAAUGCCGCGCUACUCGCUCUUCAGUCAAAAGUUGCCACACAUCGAGUCGAGGGAAGAGGAGUACGAUGCCUACGAUCAGUCCGACGAGUCAGACAUGAACUCCAACAGAAACAGGCAUCCCAGUGUGGCCAAUCCGCACGACAAGGCAGCGGCCAAGAGGAACAUCUUCGACUGGCUCUUCAAGCGGGACAAGGAGAAGGAGCAGGAUAAGCAGAAGACCCAUAAAGACCAUGCUUUGGUGGCUGUCAGGAAACCACACACUACAGAGAAGCCCACAGAGAAGGCCACGGAGAAAGCCACAGUGAAGCCCAAACUGCAGCUAAUCGACGCCAAUCUCCAGGUGGAGGAGGACGAGGAUGAGGACUCCCCCGACGACUCCGACUCCGACACCGACUCCGAGGAGAGCUUCUCCAACGAGCAGUGGAACAAAAUCGAGCACGAACACCAUCUCAAGCAGCAGAAGCACCAGAAGGAGCUCCAAGCCCUACGGGAGAGUAGUCGCAACACCCCACUCAUACGGCCAGCUGCCGCCGCAGCCUCUUACAACAUUGAGAAUGAGGAUGUUGAAAACAUUUACUCUCCCAACUACAUAACGGGAAAGCUAACUCAGAAAAAGGAGGAACAACUGGGCACGCCCGAGGCAGCGCUCAAAACCCGACGACAACAAGCCCUCAUGCAGAAGCGGGAGCGAGCUCUGGCCCAGGCCCACAUGCAUCAGGUGAUGACGGAUGCCACCUGUCGCGUGCCCCAGCCACGUUGCCAGCGCGUCCAGCAGGACCCCUCGAAAAUCUACACGCCCCACUGCACCGUUCUGCACCGUUGCAGCGAGGACAGCGGCUGCUGCCCCAGCCGCACCCAGCUUUGUGCCGCCAAGAGCACCCACAACGUUGAAUUGCAUUUCUUUGUGAAAAGCAAUAAGCAGCAUCGCCCCAUUAUCGAGAAGAGAACUUUUGUGAAUCACACCGAAUGCCACUGCAUUGAGAGGUCCAAUUUCAAGGAGGAUGCCGUCGCCCUGGCCAGCACUUCCAUUGUAAGGGCCACCAUCCUGAGCUGCACUUGUCCGCGCAGCUUCGAGGUGAUCCUGCAGGACAAUGGCCAGUGCCGCUGCGAUUGCAGCUCCGGCAACUACGACUGCGACUGGUUGAAGCGGGGCAACGAGCACUUUGCCGUGGACGAUCGCAAAUGCAUAAAACACGGCGGCUGCAAGCCCCCAACCUGCGAGUUCGGCCACUACAUGGACAAGCAUGGCCGCUGCCCCAAGCAGCAUGAGCAGCCCGUCUACAACGCCAUGUCGUAAGCGGAAGGAGCAUACCCCACUCUCAAGUAAACCUGGAAAAGUAUUAUUCGGUCUGUGCACAGUCGCGCAGGCAGGCAAAAGUUGAAAGCAAAACACCAGGGAUGGAAAGGCAAGGGAAAGGCAAUAUUUCCAUUCAAACAAAAGAGAAUAAAGUGAAUUUAGUUGCAUAUCCUAUACAAAUCCCAUACGAAUAAAACCACAGAAAUCUAUCUAGAUAUUUCCCGGACAUACCUUUAUUGAUAUAGAUAUCUGCUGACUGUCUGUUAGAUGUUUUACUACCCGACACUUAUUCUCCAACAUCUGUCAAGCAAAAGCAGCUAAAGGAAAUUCUACACAAAUGCAUCUCUAGCAAAAACAAGAAACAAGACUUUUUCGAGCAUUUUUGAAUCCACAAAGAAAAACUCAUAGAAACUGCAGCAAUAUGUAGAACUGUUCAUAAAUGUUUCCACAUUAAUUAUGCCUA